AAAUUAAGCAAGAAAGUUUAAACGAAUUUAGUUGAGAAGCGAUCGCUAAGCUUUAAGUUGAUUAGCCUGUUGCUGAUAAUACGGAUUAUACCUAAAUUUUAAAUUUUAAUUUUAUUGAAAAACUAAAUCCGUUCUAAAAUGGCUGAUGAAGAUGAACUAACCCCAGAACAAAUUGCUGUUCUCCAAAAAGCUUUCAACAGCUUUGACAGCCAGAAAUGCGGCAGUAUUUCAACAGAAACUGUAGCUGAUAUUCUAAGAUUGAUGGGUCAACCCUUCGAUAAGAAAAUUUUAGAAGAGCUGAUCGAUGAAGUUGAUGAAGACAAAUCUGGACGCUUAGAAUUCGGAGAAUUUUUGCAAUUGGCUACUAAAUUCAUCAUUGAAGAGGAUGCUGAAUCUAUGCAAAAAGAAUUACGUGAAGCUUUUCGUUUAUAUGAUAAGCAGGGUAACGGUUUUAUUCCAACAUCAUGCUUAAGGGAAAUAUUAAAGGAAUUGGAUGAUGCUCUAACUAACGAAGAAUUAGAUUCCAUGAUUGAAGAAAUUGAUUCAGAUGGGUCUGGUACCGUCGAUUUUGACGAAUUCAUGGAAAUGAUGACUGGUGAAUAAUUUUCCGUAUGUCAUGCAGAUAUUUUAAAGACCGCUAUUAGAUUCUAAUGGUGUUGUACCAAACGGUUACAACCUAAAAUCAAGUAUUGUAAUCAAUUCUGCAUAAUUUUAAAAAUUCACUUAAUAUAAAUAGUCGUCUUUAUUUAACGGGCAGAGACAAAAGUUUCAUAUAAAAUUCUCAACUCAAUCAUAAUUCUAAAGUUCUUAAAAACAUUUUUUCAUCAACCUGCUCUUGCCGAUACAACACAUAGUAAAUAUUAUCUACGAGUAUAAGAACUCCAAUAAUUUGAGAGUUGCAAAAACUUUACUUCAAUACCAAAGAAUUGUUAAUCUUCAAAAAUAAAAUGCUACGGAUAUUUUUAAAAUAAAUCUUCAUUAUUAUCUAAAAUAUCUUUAGUAAAUUUUGUAUCUUUAAGUUUUGUAAGCUAAUUUUUUUUCUGUAUAGUUUAUAAUUAAAAAAGGAAAUAUUUUCAUUGUUUUGUAUGGUAUCAUUCAGAGUAAUGCAUUUUAUUUAUUAUUUUGUAUAAAAAACACGUAAAUGUAAAGAAAAAAAAACAUCAUUGUAAUAUAUUUAAAAACACAUACACAAAGAAAUAUAUAUAGCUAAAUCACAAGUACAAA